UUCGAAUGGUGGAUUUCCGUCAUAUAGAGCGUUGCUUUUGAGUUUGGGAUUCGAAGUUUAGUUUAAUAUUGGCGCUAAGCAAGUUUGAGUGUGAUUUCCGAUGUUUGGUGCGAUUGGUGUUAAUUUAAAGUUAACUUCUAUGGAGAUCGUCUCGGUGUCCUUAUUAUUUAUUAUUUCUUUAGCGCCAUUAGUGAUUGCGUAUCGAUAUUAUGAAGAUUACGAUACACUCAUGGGAACGUGCAAAGAGCAUGAAGCUUGUAAUAUUGUCCAUCAUCGUUUUUGGAUGCCGAGUUCAGUGGAAAAAAUCUGUCGCUGUCCACUGAAUACGCCCAGCUGUCCGGUGACCCAUACGAAACAUGGUCACAUUAUGAACGUCAAUAGUCGUACUCAGAUGAAGUUUUGUACAUCUUUGAUGGGUUUGGACAAAUGCAAACCGAAUGACAUUGCGCUGCAGAAAAAGACACUCUACCAAAAAUACGGUGUGAAAAAUGUUUCGAUUGUGGUCCAUUGUAAGUGCGACAAUCAGCAGCAGUAUUGGGUUUUUAUUAAUCAGACCGGGGAAAAUUUCAACGAUGCUAGACACCAAUUGACUGUAGUGGAUAACUAUCGCUGUAUCGACCUAGACCGUUGCAAACCGUACGACUUUUGCGGAUAUGCGAGACAAGAUUAUGGCUUUAUCUACCAUCGUUGCUCAUGUCCGGUUUCACAUCAGUGCAAGUUUGAUUUGGACGAACACGAGGAGAAGGUAAGCGAGUUAUUUUAUAACGGCGAGGCCUAUUUAGCACGUUGCGUCCCAAUAUACGAUUACGAUUGGUGGUGAAUUUCGAGUAAAAUAUGAUUGUAUUUGC